GAGUGAUUAUAUAGAAAUUCACGAUGCCUGCAAAAAAAGCUUCCCCUUGAGAUCGAAACUCCAAAAAAGCCUCCCUUUGGGGCCGUAAAGGCUGUGGACCAGAUUAAAAAUACCACAAUGUCCUGCACUCUGCAUAACUCUCUCAUUCCCGUAACAACUCUUACGACCAAGCAGGACAAUUUCCAAUUCGAUCCCGAGCGUUUCGGCCGGCCGCUUUGCGAAGUCCCCUUAUUCCAGACCGCGACGAUCCCGUCCACGCUCUCUAAGGAUCGAAAAGCUUUCAAGCCAAGGUUUAAGAUCAUGCCAUGCCAAUAUGCGCGUAGUAUUGAAACCGCAGAGCCAGAGGUUGUAGAGCCGCCGCGGAAGAGCAGCUCCAAGCGGAAGUACAAGAGUCCCGAGGGUUGGCGGAGUAAGCACAAGCACCACUCCACCACGCGCCGAUCACCGUCGCGACAGGCUACUAUUUCCUGUCCCUGCGCGCGGGAACACAAAGCACCCAAGGCGCCGGAUCAUACAAGGUCUUGCGAGUUCUGUCAUGUAACCGAGACGCCGAAAUGGAGGUCUGGACCAUCAGGACGUCGUACCCUCUGCAACGUCUGUGGAUUGCUGUACGCUAAGAGGGAGAAAAAGGCCCGGUCGUUCUUACUGGAGAGGGAGUUUGGGUGCGACUCUGUUUCUGACGCAUCGUCGUGGUCUACAAAGGUCUCAACGGAGGAUUCUCAUUCAGCAGGACUGCGAUGAUCAUUCAACCUCAUAUACUCUUAUACCCUGCCAAGCGGCCCCCAAUGAUACCUCACUGCCCCUCACUCUUGGCAAGUGCAUUUGGAAAGGCACGGCAUGCAUGGGCAGGAGAGGAAACAUUCACAUUUUUUUAUUGCAGCGUUCGAGCGUCAUAAUCAUGAAAGAAACUGAUGACGCAUUGGAGAUCAGGAAACCAGGCAACAUAUCAGGAGUAUUCGGAGCAAAUAAAGUUUAAAGAAAAUACUAAACCCAUUUCAGCAAUUUUUUCCGGUAAUAGCAGAAGAGGAGCGUUGUCAAAAUAAUAAUUGCAUCCAAUCGCGAACUGUUUGGCAGCUCAUUAACAAAGGUCCCUCCCAACAGCGACCGUGAUGUCAAAAUCGCAUCAGAAAACAUAACCAAUCACACCUUUCACAUCACCUCCGUAGUCGUCCUCCGAUCUUUUAAAUUUCCAUUUGCUACCGUCCUACAGUACGACGUCGCAUCGCCAGUCCCGUUCAACAUUAGCAUUACCUCAUCUUAGCGGAUUCCGGAGAGGUGCGGAGUUCAGGGUAACUCUAACAUCUGACUUUUUACCCCUCAAUUGGCUGACGGGAGCUUCUUUCAGCUCAAAUGCCGACUCUAGAGCGGGGGGAGGUCGACACAGUGAGAACAAACCAUCUGAUCCUCGGCGCAAGCGACCUGCGGCAAAGAUUACACUGUACCACACACCAGACAGGUCAUCCGCCCAUUUUGUCCUGUGUUUAGGGUGUAAUAGGUACGAGGAGUAACGCGCCGUGGCUUACGCGUCGGUAAACGAGGGUUGCAACUCUUUGAGACGAAAUCGUUUCUAAUCAAUGUUGCAAGCAGGACGGGGGACCAGUCUUAUCUAUCAAUCGUAGACAGACACGGCACAGAGGCCAAGGCGCCAUGCAAGGAACUGUGGAAACGGGCUUACUGUCACGCCAGGUUGCUGCGAGGGACAGUGUCCGAGCGGGUGAGACGUCUCAAGGUUUGAGAGGAAAAAGCAAAGGUAAACAAGGGAGUGGGCGACUCCUGAACAGUUGAGAGAACAGUGUGAUAGACUGUUGGCCAAAGUUUAAAUGGAGCGUUGAAUGAAUUGGAUGCUGAGAAACAUCGGAUUUCCUUUUCCC